UCAAAAUAUCGAAUUAUCCACCAAAUUCUCACUUGCUUUGCUCAAUAAUAUGAAGGCGUUUAUUCAGAUUCAUAAUUUACCAGAAUCCAUUGGAUAAUUCUUUGUAUGGUAGAAAAAGUUUUAUAAAUUAUAUCCUACCGUCGUUGUCUUAGGUUUCCUCCCUUUGUUUCUCAGAUUGCAAAAACAUCGUCAAUUGAUACAGGCAUUUCUGAUUCAUAGCAGAGAAGCACUGUGAGAGGUAAGAAGAAAGUUAUAAUGGAGUCCUCGGUGAUGACAGUAGACGAGGUUGUAGAAGAGAUAAUGAGAAUCCAUAGAUCCUUACCGGCCCGACCUGGAAUCGAUGAAGUAGAAGCAGCCAAAACGUUAAUCCGAAACGUGGAGAGGGAAGAUCAGUUGAGACUCGAAGCGGUUGCGAGGCAAAGCAAAGCCAAAGAUGUGCCAGAAGAAUUAUUCAAGGUGCUUCAAGAGAUUCAGAGGAAUUUGAUCCAUUUUCAAAGUGCGGAGCAAAAGAGGGAAGCUUUAAAACUGUUGGAUCUUGAACGUGUCCACCUACUGUUCGAUGAUUCGAUUCAGAGAGUUUCCAAAUGCUUGUCUUCUAAAUCGGGUUCCAGUAAUACACAGUCGAAUGAUCUUUCCAAUAGUUCUUCGAGGGAUUUGAGCAGUUUAUCCUUGGCAACCUCAGCUUCCUUCUCCGGCAACAGUCUCAAUUCUCCAGCUACGGAUACAACCACAGCCACAGCCACAUCAUCUUCCCUGUCCAGUUCUUAUAUUGAGAAGGAGAAAGUAAAAGCGUCGGAGUGGUUUAGCAAGGACGAUAGUUAUUUGAAGAAGACAAAGACUGAUUUUCAUCUUGACGGAAUUGGGAUUGGGAUUCGAUCUGGUGAUGUUCUAACAGGGCCCCAGAUUGUUGAUUCCACUCUGAAGCCAGCUAUUACUUCCGGUCAAGACGGUGACAAAAUGAGUUUAAUUAAGGUUGCUAGUUUGAUUGAAGUAUCAGCAAAGAAAGGAACUCGGGAGCUCAAUCUUCAAGCUAAAUUGGCUGAUCAAAUUGAAUGGCUUCCUGAUUCAAUAGGGAAGCUAUUAGGUUUGAUAAAUUUGGAUUUAUCAGAGAAUCAAAUCCUGGUAUUACCUGACACCGUAGGACGACUUUCAUCGCUGGAAUUGUUGGAUUUACAUGGAAACAAAAUCAGCGAAUUGCCAGAAUCCAUUGGGGAUUUGCUUACUUUAGUCCGUCUCAACCUCAGUGGAAACCAAAUAAAAACAUUGCCUCCAACUAUUGGUAAGUUAAUUCGGCUUCAAGAUCUUGAUUUAAGCUCUAACGCAAUCAUGGCCCUCCCAGAGACAAUUGGAUCACUUGUCAGUCUCAAGAAAUUGAAUGUUGAAACUAAUAAUAUCGAGGAAAUCCCUCAUACUAUUGGUCGAUGUACUUCACUCAAAGAGCUUCAUGCAGACUAUAACCGGCUUAAAGCUCUACCUGAAGCAGUAGGAAAAAUUGGAUCCUUGGAAGUACUGACAGUGCGUUACAAUAACAUCAAACAACUGCCUACCACAAUGGCAUCCUUAUCAAGCUUGAGGGAGCUCAAUGUUAGUUUCAAUGAGCUCGAGUCAAUUCCAGAAAGUUUGUGCUUUGCUACAACACUUGUAAAGAUGAACAUAAGCAACAAUUUCGCGGACCUGCAAUCUCUGCCAAGGUCUAUUGGGAAUCUUGAGAUGCUAGAGGAGUUGGAUAUGAGCAACAAUCAAAUAAGAUCCCUUCCGGACUCUUUCAGGAUGCUAACUCGACUUCAUGUCUUAAAUGUUGAGGGAAAUCCUCUGGCAGUGCCACCUAGAAAUAUCAUUGAGAAUGGAGCACAGGCUGUUGUCCAAUACAUGGCCAAUCUUGUUGCUCGGAGGGAUGUGAAGUCACAACCAGUGAAGCAAAAGAAAUCUUGGGCUCAUAUAUGCUUCUUUUGGAGAUCUAAUAAACGCAAACGCAAUGGCAUGGACUCUGCAAAAGCUUAAUAUGCCGCAGUUUGGAUAAAAUGUGGACAGCUAAUUUCUUUGGGACACUGAGCUGUGAUUAGGUUGGAAGAGCGCUAGAGUAUGGCCAAACUCAUUUGUCUUUACAGCAAAAUGAUCUGUUCAGAUAUGACUCUGAUCUUUGCCUCGUGUAAUUGUAGAUUUUCAUUUUUUUUUUCCUCUGCUGUUAUCUUCACCUUUAGUUUUCCAUUCUUGAUCUAAAUUGAGCUGUAUGAUUAACUUUAACCCGGUUAAAUUGUGAAGGAAAAUAGUUUGUAUUUACCGCUCCUUGCUGAUAAUGAAGUACAAGCUUAUUUGAUUCCA